AUGUUUCAAGAUAAACUGUCAGUGGCGAGAUGCUGCUUUUGCGCGCCAUUGAGGUAUGGUCUUUUAAUAUGGGCCUACUUAAAACUGGUCACAAGCAUAUUAGUGUUUGGAGUUACCGUCAUAUGGAUUUUCAUGUGGAUUUUGCUUGUAAAUUUCGAAAAAGCUUUGCUGGUGUUACUAAUUGCGACAAUGCUCAGUCUUAUCGUUGAUAUAGUCUUUAAUUUUGUACUUAUAAUUGGAUCUCAUAAGAAAAACAUAACUAUGUUGAGCCUAUACUAUCGCUAUGGGAUCGCACAUGCGGUCGUUUUGGUAGUUUUUGGUGUGUUAUGGAUUUUAUAUGCAAUUAGCAGAAUGGAGCCACCGAUAGAUAGUAAAAAUGUGCCCUAUAUUUUCGCAAUUACAUCAGCUUUUAUUGUUUCUUUAAUUCUGCACAUCUACUUGUUUAUAGUACUACGGAGUGAAAUUAAUAAGCUUAAAGCAAGAGAUCAGUUCAGAUUCGUGAAUCAUGCAGCCGAGAGCUGCAACCAAACUGAAGAUGAGUUCAACACUUUUAACAAUAAAAUCCAGGAGGAUAAUUAA